AGGGAUGAUAUAUUGUCUUUAUUAUCUUUAUACUCACUGAAGGUCGUUGAAUAUCAAUUGUCAAGAAUUGAAUUCUGAGAGGCAAGGUGGUUGUUGCUAGGGCAUCAUUCCACAUGACGACGCCGGUUAAACAUACAACAUCAACAACCAUCAAUCGAUAAUUCAACACUUUCUCUUCAUCUGCAUCUAUCAGCAUUAUCAAUCGCAUAAUAUGGUCAAUAUGGGAAGCCGAAAUAUACCUUCGCCCUAUUCACCGGGCUCGUUCCAUAUUACCAGAGCAUUCAUCUGGCUCUCAACCCUGAUCGUGACUGGCAUCAUGAUCUAUUUUAUCGUGCAUCUGCAUUCGGAUGGAUUCAAGGUUCCAUACGCAUUUUUAAUUAUCAUAAUAACAUGCUUCCUCACCCUCAUCAACCUCCUCCUCACUACCCUCCUCUACGCCCGCAACAGUCUCCGACCCAUGUUCUCCCUAACCAUAAAUGUGAUCCUCUUCAUCCUCUGGACGCUCUCCCUCGGAUUUCUGGGGUAUAGCAUGCGGGGCACAUUACGCACAACCUGCGACGUCAAUUCAUGGGGCACAUCAACUGGGGUGAUGGUCUGUCGAUUAUACAAGACCCUUUUCUCGUUUACGGUAGUUGCAAUGGCAUUUACAUUCAUCCAUGCCGUUAUCGAUGGCGUCGCAAGGAAAGAUCAGAGAAACCUACUACUUCUGGAAGAAUACGAUUCGAUGAAUGGGAAUAGUACUUACGGGCAGGAUUACAAGUUGCAUACGAGGAAUGAGAGUGCUAUCCCUCUUGCGACUGCGGUUGUCGCUCACGAAGAGACUCAUCCAGAUACGAAUACUACACGAGCGGAUGUUUAUAAUGCGCUUGGAACGGUUCGACAUGAUGAUACUAUGGCCAUACAACAACAACAAUAUCAACAUCCACAACAGCAGCAGAGACAGCAAUUUCAGCCUCAAGACCAUGAUGUGGAAUAUUACGAUGGUAUUCCAGAUGUUCCCCCUGCGACCGGCAUGAGGUGGGCGUCAGCAGCUGCGACGAGACAGACCCCUUACUCGCCGUUACACACCCGGUUCGAUGGGCAGCAGACGGGAUAUGAAGCGUUCAGGCCUCAACGGACGACCUACGACGAGGGUGGGUAUGGUUAUAGGGGAUAGUUGUUGUUUUCAAGGAGUUAUUUAGACUGGGUUUCGUUAUAUCAUGAUUGGCGUUUUUGGUAUUUGAAGGUGUUUUCGGUCUAUGGUUAGAAUGGGAAAUUGAUAAAAAGUUGAUAUUAAGCAUCCAUACAGAUUCGUUAUGAAUGCUGAAGUAAUUAGAUUGAACUAGGUAUUACUUUUAACCAGACAUUUUCUUGGAC